GAUCAGCUGUGCUUCUCUGGCCUCAGCUCUGAAGUCCAACCCCUCCCAUCUGAGAGAGCUGGAGCUGAGUCACAACAAGCUGCAGGGUUCAGGAGUGAAGCUGCUGUCUGCUGGACUGGAGAGUCCUUACUGCAGACUGGAGAGUCUGAGGAUCAACAGCAAGUUGAUCACAGCUGACAAACACAAAAAAUAUGACUCCGAUGUCAAACUGGAUGUAAAAAAAACCCUGCCCGGUGACAAAAAGGCUCCAUUAUCCUUCUCACCUGAACAGACAACUGGAUCUUCAUACAGGUUCAGGUGUCCUGGUCCAGGUGUGUUCCAGUGUACUUUGACUGGACUGGUGUUUGUUAUGGCUCAGGAGGCGGAGCUGCUGUACAGGACUGUCCAAUGGGAUGAGAGCCUCCUCCAAUCAGCUGGCAAGAUGGCUGCAGGGAUGCUGUUCGAUAUCAAGUGUUCGGAGGAUGAUGCUGUCUGUCAGCUCCACCUGCCACACUGCGAAACAAAGGAUGCGUUGCUUGUUGAUGGUCUGCUGUCUGUCGUCCACAUCACUGAUGAUGGGAUGAGCAUUUUGGAGCCGCUGGAGAUUACAGACACUCAUGUGGUUGUGAAGGUCCCUCACCUCUCUGCCUUUGGCCUCGUCUGGGACUUGGUUCAAGGUUUCUGAACAUCUCACUGCCAAUAAAUGGCCAAGUUCUGCUGUUCCUCCGACCUCCAAACAUUAGGCAUCAAAUCCUCGAUGUAUUUCUGCUGCAGGACAACAUCCCUCUGCAUGAGGUUGCUGCCCAACAAGGAGCUGCUGAGAACAUCAGGAUCUCUUCCGACUGUCAUCUCGGCAUUGGUCAAAGUUACAGUGUCCACUGUGAACCCGAGGGCUUCAUAAUACAGCCUGAGAGCGCACCGUUUCACUCAAAGUACGGACCAAAUUUCUAUCCGACAUUUGAAGUUUUCCUGACUACGAACCCAGAGGAGGUGACUUUGACGGUUCAGGACCGAGAGAGGAAAGAAGUGUGGAGACGUGUUGUGCCUCUGACAGACUGACUGAAGGCCAGAAGAUGAGUGUUUGUGUGGAGGAAGAGGAGGACAGAGCAGAGUCUCCAGGAUCCAGCUGUCUGUCUAUGAAGAGUGACCGGUCUAAAGGAAGCCUUCUAGACUUCAGUAAUGAACCUGGACCCUCAGACACAAAAGUUGAGUCCAACAGACAGAGAGCAGAGUCUCCAGGAUCCAGCUGUCUGUCUCUGAAGAGUGACCAGUCCAAACAUGAUCCUCCAACCUUCAGUAAUGAACCUGGACCCUCAGUCACAAAAGAGAGGAAGAGGAGUCCUGUUUCUGUGGAGGAGCAGCCGUCCUGCUGUGCUUUGUGUCAGGACGUCCUGAAGGAUCCGGUCUCUACCAGCUGUGGACACCGGUUCUGCAGACGGUGCAUCACCUCAUACUGGGACCAGUCUGCUUCAUCAGGAGACUCCUCCUGUCCCCAGUGUGGAAAAAGAUCCAGAACAAGACCUGGACUGCAGACAGCCCGUCAGACCAGCACUGUACAAAUGAGUGGUGGUCUGCAGGAGGUUUUAGAUGAACAUAAGAUCAGUCUGAGGAGGAGAUGUGAACAUGUGACUGAAGGAAAUGAUGAAACAGGAAGUGGAACCCUCCUCAACAGGAUCUACACUGAGCUCUACAUCACAGAGGGACAGAGUGAAGAGGUUAAUACCCAACAUGAGGUGGGGCAGCUUGAGACAGCUUCCAAGAUGGAGACCCUCCAUGACACUCCAAUCAAGUGCCACGACAUCUUUAAAGCCUUACCUGGCCAACAAGGACACAUCAGAGUCGUUCUGACGAACGGCGUCGCCGGCGUUGGAAAAACCUUCUCGGUGCAGAAAUUCACUCUGGACUGGGCAGAGGGCUUGGAAAACCAAGACGUCAGUCUGCUGAUUCUGCUUUCGUUCAGGGAGCUGAACUUGAUCAGAGAUGAGCGGUACAGUCUUCUCGAGCUGCUCCAUGUUUUCCAUCCAACAUUACAGAAGGUCACAGCAGAGAAGCUCGCUGUCUGUAAACUUCUGUUCAUCUUUGACGGCCUGGAUGAAAGCAGACUUUCACUGGAUUUCCACAACAAUGAGGUCGUGUCUGAUGUCACACAGAAGUCAUCAGUCAACGUGCUGCUGACAAACCUCAUCGAGGGAUCUGCUUCCUCGGCUCUCGUCUGGAUCACUUCCCGACCUGCAGCAGCCAAUCAGAUCCCUCCUUCAUGUGUUGGCAGGGUAACAGAAGUACGAGGCUUCACUGACGCCCAGAAGGAGGAGUACUUCAGGAGGAGAGUCAGUGAUGAAGAGCUGUCCAGCAAAAUCAUCUCACACAUCAAGACAUCCAGGAGCCUCCACAUCAUGUGUCUAAUCCCAGUCUUCUGCUGGAUCACUGCUACAGUUCUGGAGCACAUGUUGACUACAGACCAGAGAGGAGAGCUGCCCAAGACCUUGACUGACCUGUACUCACACUUCCUGCUGGUUCAGACAAAGAGGAAGAAGCAGAAGUAUGAUGAGGGACAUCAGACGAGUCCACAGGAGCUGAUGGAGGCUGACAGGGAAGUUCUUCUGAAGCUGGGGAGGCUGGCGUUUGAACAGCUGGAGGAAGGAAACAUCAUGUUCUACCAAGAAGACCUGGAGCAGUGUGGUCUGGAUGUCUCAGAGGCCUCGGUGUACUCAGGAGUUUGUACAGAGAUCUUCAGAAGAGAGAGUGUGAUCUUCCAGAAAACAGUCUACUGCUUUGUUCAUCUGAGCGUUCAGGAGUUUCUGGCUGCUGUCUACAUGUUCCACUGUCACACCAACAGUAACACAGAGGUACUGAAGGACUUCCUAAAAGACUACAACCACAGGGGCUCACCCCUGGAUGUCUUCCUGAGGAGAGCCAUGCAGAAAUCCCUUGAAAGUAAAACUGGCCACCUGGACCUGUUUGUCCGCUUCCUUCAUGGCCUCUCUCUGGAGUCCAACCAGAGACUCUUAGGAGGCCUGCUGGGUCGGACAGACAACAGUCCAGAAAUCAUCGGGAGAGUCAUCAACAACCUGAAGGAGAUGAACAUGUAUAAUAUCUCUCCUGACAGAAGCAUCAACAUCUUCCACUGUCUGACGGAGAUGAACGACCACUCAGUCCAUCAGGAGAUCCAAGAGUUCCUGAAGUCAGAGAACAGAUCAGAGAAGGAACUCUCUGAGAUCCACUGCUCAGCUCUGGCCUACAUGCUGCAGAUGUCAGAGGAGGUUCUGGAUGAGUUGGACCUGCAGAAGUACAAGACAUCAGUGGAGGGACGACGGAGACUGAUUCCAGCUGUGAGGAACUGCAGAAAGGCUGUGUAA